UAGUCGAAUACUAGAUGUUAGGCUACACAAACGUAACGUAGGCUAGUUUAAUUAUUACAUUUUUACAUCAUAAAAAAAAUAGAUCUAAAAAUCUAACAAUCAAACUGCACCACGUAUGCAUAUCGUGUUGAUAUGUGUUUUCAAUUAGAUCUAGAUCUAGAUAUCUAGAACUAGAUUCUAGGUCUCAAUGCCUAUUUUAGAUCUAGAUCUAGAAGCCCGUGUUGAAACGAAAGGUAUUUAAAUGAGAAAAUAUGAUAGAACCAGAUUUAACAAGUAUACCUCUUCCUAUGGAAACAACAGAUAUUAAAAAUGUAGAAAUCAAGAAGACUGCCAAAGAGAUGCUGCAAGAAGCUCUCAAAGAUCACAAAUCUGCAGGAGAAAGUAGUUCGGAUCCAAAAAAAGUAAAAUCAUUCACGUCAAUUGAAGCCAGAACACAUAAUGAAAAUGAUGGGUCAUCAUCUCAAAGCAUUGUUGACGAGCUGUUCAAAGACUUCAUAUCUAAGAAAAUUGGUGGUGGUUCAAAUAAAGACGGAACGGAAAGAAAACGUAAUACAAACAACAAAGGUUCAGUUGAUGAUGAAAUCAGUAAACUUCUUGACAUGGAAAUCAGCUCAAUCAAAUGUAAUACUCGGGAUCCCAGCCAGGUUCCAGAGAAGCAUCCGUCCCCAGACAUAAACUCUAGUUUAAAUGAAAAGGAAAGUCUUGAAGACAACGUAUCCCCACUGAAGGCAGCUGAUGUUUUUGAGAAAACUAGUAAUAAGGAAUCAACAACAAAGUCUGCAUCUCUAACAAAUGUAAGCCAGUCGUCCCCAGCAGCAUCUGAAAUGUCCAAAACUCUUGCGAUGGUGCCUCAUUCAGUGACCAAAAGAAUUGGAGCACCUAAACAGUUAAUGAUGAAGCUGAGUUCAGAGAGCCUCACUCUCAUCAAAUCAACAGACAGAAUUGAUAGAAAUGGCAAACUUAGAGAAGAAGGUGAGGUGUAUUCCUCUCACAGUGACAAGUCUGACAGGUCUGAGUCUGACCUGGAUGACUUGCCAUCAGAGACAGGAUCCAUCAGCUCAGACACAACAGGCAUCCACUCACACAGAAGUAAGAAGAAAUCCAAGCACAAGAAAAAGAAGAAAAAGUCAUCCAAGUCUAGAGACAAAGAGCACAGACACAAACAUAAAAAGUCAAAGGACGGGGACUCUGGCCGCAGUGAUGAUGAUGGUGACAAGCGAAGUGAUAAGGCAGGUUAUGGCUCUGAUUCUAAAAAAGAAAAAUAUUCUAGGAGCAGGUCUUCUGAAAAGAAAGAAUAUGAAUCAGAUGGCAAGCGGAAGCACUCUCGUUCACGAUCAAGAUCACCAAAGAAAAGAAAGAAAUCACGAUCAUAUUCCAGGUCACCAAAACACCAUGGAUCAUAUGGAAGAAAACAUUUUGGUGAAUGGGACGCCAGGCAUUAUGGUGAUAGAAAAUCUCCCGGAAGAGAUAGAUCAAGGUCUCCCAACAAAAGAAGAUCCAGGAGCCGUGAGAGAGAGAGAAGUCAUGAAAGGAAUGAAAGAGAUUUACGGUUACAAAUUGAUAAAGCUAAGUUGCGGAAAAUUGCCAUAGCUAAUGCGCUACAAAAUAUGAGGUCUGGUCAGGGUCCUCGAGUAGACCUUACAGCUGUCAAAAGUGGGGGGAAGUCAGUUGAGGAGUUGACAGAGUUCUGUAAAAAGAUAUCAGCCAAAGGCAAAGACAAGCCAGAGGUUGAACUCAGUGACAGCAGCGAUGAUAAUUUGAUGCCGUCAACUGAAGAAGAUGAUCAGCUGAUACAUCAUCCUUUUAAAGUCAGGGAAUUGAACACUGCCAGCAUCAAAAUGAACAUUCGAAAUGCUAAGCAGCUGCCCGUGCUGACACCUGUUGAGAAACAAGCCCAGCAGGCAGCUCUCAGACUAACAUUCCCAGUUUCCAGUGGGUCGCACCACAGAGCCAGUGAGUCAGAGUGGGUUCCAGUGGUGAAGCCAACUCCACCUGCACCACCAGCAACAGCCCCUGCAUCCAGCCAGAGUCCAGCAGCCCCCCCUCCACCACCUGCGGAACCUCCCAAACCUGAAAGUAUAUUUCCUAACCCUGUUGAGGCACAGAAAAUUGAUAUAGGAACCAUCAUAUCAGAGAGACUACAGGCAGUCAGAAAGUUGCAGGAGAAUCCAUAUGAUGUUCAGGCCUUAACAAAAAUGCACAAAGUUCAAGAACAGGCCAGUAUGUGGGCCACAUCAAAACAUUUGCCUGGGCAAUUUACAGGAAGUACAGGCGCUCAUGUUCUAUCACAACAGGAACUCAUUGGGGAUAAAAGACAUCAGGCAUGGGCUAAAAAGACCCAGUUGACUCAGGCUGCUCCAGUCAAUGGUGGAAUUGGCAUGUUCUUACUUCAGAAGAUGGGCUGGAAGCAAGGGGAAGGUCUGGGCAAAAACAAUGAAGGAAGCAAAGAACCUCUGAUGCUUGAUAUCAAAAUUGAUCGGAAAGGUCUAACAGCAGCAGCUGAGAGCAACAAAGUGAAGACUGUCACUGCUGGAGUACCAAGGGCUAAAGAUUUAUCAAACAAACACCCUGUCUCUGCAUUAAUGGAGUUGUGCAAUAGAAGGCGGUGGGGAGCUCCUGUGUUUACAGUUGUUGAAGAGAGUGGUCCAGAUCAUAAAAAGAGUUUCCUCUUUAAGGUAAAAGUUAACAAUGUAGAGUAUCAACCCAGUGUAUCAAGUACAAAUAAAAAAACAGCCAAGGCACAGUGUGCUGCUGUUUGCCUGCAAGAAAUGGGCCUUUUGCCCAGAGAUGCACCACUUAACGUUUAGAAUUUUAUUUUUAUUGCAGUUAUUUAUUUAGAGUAAUGGUAGUUUAUUUCUUUUUUAUCAUUUUAUUUAGUUUCAUUUGAUUUUUGUUUGUUUUUUUAAAGUUAUAAUUUAAAAGCUUUCUUUUUUUUAAAACCACUUGUUUUUAAUUUUAAAAUAUUGUUUAAUUCUUUUAGUUUGUUUCUUUUUCUUUUUUAUAUAAACUAGUUUCUACUUUUUAAUUUGCUUCAUCUUUAUCUUUCUGUUAAUGACAAGAUCUCUUAUAAGACUACAGCAUUUUAAAAAGCUUUUGCGCUUCUUGUACUAUCUUGUAUGAAGGUGGAAAUAAUGCACACUUAAAUUUUACUCAUCAAAUUACUUUAACAUCUGCAGCAAAAUUAUAAUUUAUUUACAAAUAAUAUAUUUUAAAUAAGUAUUUAUUACCAUUAAUUUAUAUUUCAAUGAACAAAUUUGCAGAAGAGGGAAAUAAACAUGUGAUUGUUAAUUCAGAAAAGCUUAACUAUUAUUCCUCUAGAUGUUCUCCAUCACUAGCAUCUUUCCAGUGUCACUUGAUUUUGUAAUGCAACUGACAGUCAAAAUUGUUUUUGCAAUCUUUAAACAUUAUUUAACCAAUGUUUUAACAUAGAACAUUCAGUUUGAAUUUUAUGCAUCAGGGUGUUUUAUUUUUUUGUCAGAUGUGAAACUUAUCUGUAAUUUCCCUCUUCCCCCCCCCCCCCC